AUGGGGGAGAUCACAGGGCCUCUGGUCAAGGAGCAGUUGACCGACCAGCUUCCAAAGCGCUUCAAGGCGCUGAAGUUCGGUAUCCAAUCCAAUCAGGAUAUCGUCAGCCAGGGUGUCCUCGAGGUCUCUGAUCAUCUUCUUUACGAUGUUGAGAAUGGACGGAGAACAUAUCCCCACGGCCCUCUCGACCCUCGCUUGGGAACCUCGAGUAAAACGGGCACAUGCUCUACCUGCUCCCAGCCUCUCCAAAACUGCCCCGGCCAUUUUGGGCACGUCAGACUUCCCUUGCCGGUUUUCCACAUCGGAUACCUAAAAUAUAUCCAGGCGACACUCCAAAACAUUUGCAAGGAUUGCUCAAGGGUUCUACUGGAAGAGACAGAGCGGCGACAGUUCCUGAAAGAAUUGCGUCGCCCGGGAAUCGACAAUUUGAAGCGCACCCAGAUUGUCAAGAGGAUCAACGAGCAAUGCCGAAAAGUCAGGACAUGCCCGUACUGCGCUUGUACGCAGGGCGUCAUCCGUAAGCUUAGCGUCAUGAAGCUUGUCCACGACAGGUUCUCGGCCUACAACAAGUCUACUGCACAAAAGAAAGUUGCGCCGGAGAGCAAGGUUGCCUUCGAUGCUUCUUUCUCCCAGGCCAAGAGAUACCUGCCCGAUCUUGAGAAGCAUACUCGGAAGGCGAUGGAUGAUCUCAAUCCUCUGAAAGUCUUGAAUCUCUUCAAGGCCAUCAGCCCAACAGACUGUGAACUCCUUGGGUUAGAUCCUGCCGAGGGUCGACCCGAGAUGUUUCUCUGGCAAUAUCUUCCCGCCCCUCCAAUCUGUAUCAGACCUUCGGUCGCGCAGGAAAACGCCAGCAACGAAGACGACAUCACCAGCAAACUGUCGGAGAUCAUUCUCUAUGGCGGCUGUCUCCGGGAGUCUCUCCAAAAGGGAACUUCGCUUCCGAUCAUUAUGGAACAGUGGGAGUUUCUGCAGCUUCAAGUCGGCAUGUACGUGAAUAGCGACGUGCCUGGCCUUAACCAGCCGGGAUUUGGGAAGCCAAUUCGUGGAUUCUGUCAAAGGCUCAAGGGAAAACAGGGGCGGUUUCGUGGUAACCUGUCGGGAAAGCGUGUGGACUUUUCCGGUCGAACCGUCAUUUCGCCAGACCCGAACUUGGGCAUCGACCAAGUUGCGGUUCCUUUACUAGUGGCCAAAAACCUGACAUACCCGGAACGAGUCAAUCGCAACAACAUCGAGAAGCUAAGAAGCUGUGUCCUGAACGGGCCAACAGUCUGGCCAGGUGCCGAAGGCCUAGUCAAGAAGGACGGGAUCAAGUUCAACCUGAAAUUCGGCGACCAGUAUGUCCGAGAGGAGCGCGCAAGAGAACUUGCCAUGGGAGAUGUUGUAGAGCGGCACCUGGAGGACGGCGACAUUGUUCUCUUCAACCGGCAGCCCUCUCUUCAUAAGCUCAGCAUCAUGAGCCAUCGCGCCAAAAUCCGACCUUGGAGGACGUUUCGACUAAAUGAGUGCGUCUGCUCUCCAUACAACGCCGAUUUCGAUGGUGACGAGAUGAAUCUCCAUGUCCCUCAGACAGAAGAGGCGAGAGCUGAAGCCAUCAAUCUGAUGGGCGUGGGAAAUAACCUGGCAACCCCCAAAAACGGCGAGCCCAUCAUCGCCGCCACACAAGAUUUCAUCACUGCCGCGUACCUUUUGAGCGGCAAAGAUCAGUUCUUUGACCGAACCACUUUCACAUACAUCUGCACUCAUAUGUUGCUUGGGGAGAACAUCUAUCUGGAGAUCCCGCCCCCUGCAAUUCUGAAGCCUACACAAAUGUGGACGGGCAAGCAGGUGUUCAACAUUCUGAUGCGUCCGAACAAUGACUCUCCAGUCUUGGUCAACCUCGAGGCGAAGAAUAAGGUUUACCAAAAGAGGCCAGGCGAGCUUCCUGACAUGGAUAUCAACGACUGUUACUUGGUGAUUCGAAAUUCCGAAGUCAUGUGUGGUCGUAUGGACAAGAGCACGGUUGGAGAAGGCAAGAAGAACUCUGUCUUCUACGUGAUCCUGCGAGAUUUCGGUCCCGAAUAUGCCGUUUCUGCGAUGAACCGUCUGGCCAAGCUCUGCGCUCGGUAUCUGACUUUACAGGGGUUCUCGAUUGGGUGUGGUGAUGUGACGCCGUCAUCUUCACUGACCAACCAUAAACAGCAGCUCGUGGAGGAAGCCUAUGCUAAAUGUGACAACAUCAUUGCCACUUUCAAGGCCGGGAAGCUCGAAAAGGCCACAGGCUGCAACCUCGAAGAGACAAUGGAGAACUCGAUGUCAGGCAUCCUUAGUAGAGUCCGGCAACAAUGCGGAGACUAUUGCGUCGACAACUUGAGCAUGCACAACGCCCCUUUGAUCAUGGCCAAGUCUGGUUCGAAGGGCUCCGAUAUUAAUGUGGCCCAGAUGGCUGCCCUCGUGGGACAGCAGAUUAUUGGCGGCAAACGUGUGGCCGACGGGUUCCAAGAUCGAACCCUGCCGCAUUUCCACAAGAACGCCCGCCAGCCUCCUUCAAAAGGCUUCGUCAGAAACAGCUUCUACACGGGUCUGCUCCCGACCGAGUUUUUGUUCCACGCAAUCUCGGGCAGAGAAGGUUUAGUCGAUACCGCUGUCAAGACUGCCGAGACCGGUUACAUGUCAAGACGACUGAUGAAGUCCCUGGAAGAUCUCUCGUCUCAAUAUGAUGACACUGUUCGCACUUCUGCAGGAGGCAUCGUGCAGUUUCAGUACGGUGCUGACCGGCUAGAUCCCGUCGACAUGGAGGGAGAUGCUAGGCCAGUCAACUUCGACAGGUCGUGGGAUCACGCCGAGAGCCGGAAAAUGGACCAUUCCGUCAGGUCGCUUCUUCCGUGGGAGAUCACCAAGCGGUGCAAGGACGUCCUUGACAAAGAACGAGCAAAGUAUAUCCGAAAGCAUCUCGUCACUGACGACAAGCUUCAUUACGACGACGAAAAGAUUAGCAGCAGCAACGAACACGACGUUCUAAUCGCGAUUGAUGAGCACGAGAGCGUCAGGGUGUAUCUCAAUUCCGUCCACAAAUACGUGUCAGACCGUGCCCUGAAGCUAGCGAAAGCACGAAGGGCGGCAGGGCUAGAUCCCUGCUUACCGACCGACGAUCCCCAGAUGGAGAAAGAGUUUAAAGAGUGGGAAGCCGAAUGGACCAAGACUGAGCGACGGGGCGCCGAGGGCGAGUCUGGAAUAGAGGCGCAGCUGGACCACAUAGACCGCGUUGCAAAGGUUUCAGAAGCAACGCUGGCUGACUUCAUCCAGAUGUGUCUCACCAAAUACCAGAAGGCACGUGUGGAACCUGGCCAUGCUGUGGGCGCGGUCGGAGCGCAGUCCAUCGGCGAGCCGGGUACCCAGAUGACACUCAAGACUUUCCAUUUCGCCGGUGUCGCCGGAAUGAGUAUUACGCAGGGUGUGCCUCGAAUCAAGGAGAUCAUCAAUGCCUCGAAGACGAUUAGCACACCUGUAAUAUCUUGCGAGCUAGAGAACAAGACCGACCUCAAGGCCGCUCGGGUGGUCAAGGGCAGGAUCGAGAAGACGUUCAUCGCAGAUAUUAUCGAGCACAUUGACGACGAGUGGCUGUCGGAUGUAGCCAAGCUUGUGCUAAAGGUGGACAUGAAGUCUCUGUCGGACCUGCAGCUAGGCCUCACACUAAAGGAUGUGGCCGACUCGAUUAUCAAGGCUAAGAAGUUAAAGCUAAAAAUCGAGCCCGACGACAUACGGAUUGGAGAAGAUUGCAUCGAAGUCCUUGUACAGAACACAUGGCUGGAUGCCACGGCUGCCAAAAAGGCGGCCCGAGUCCGAGAGGCGGCUUUGGAGAAGGGAAUAUCGAUGGUGGGUUCCAAGACGGCAGCGGCAGCAGACUUCCAGCUCCGGGUCAACUUCUUGAAGCGGCUGCUGCCCCAAGUGGCCAUAUCGGGCUACCCAGAAGCGCACAGGGCCAUCAUCCAAACGUCCGACAAGGACAGCACCAACAAGGUGCUGGUCGAGGGCUACGGGCUGCGUGCCUGCAUGACCACGGAAGGCGUGGUUGGCACAAAGUGCGUGACCAACUCGGUCAUGGAAUGCCGUGACGUUCUCGGCAUUGAAGCAGCCCGCACGACUAUCGCAAUCGAGAUUGGCAGCGUCAUGUCGGGCAUGAACAUUGAUCCUCGCCACAUGGACCUCCUAGCAGAUGUGAUGACAUACAAGGGUGAGAUUCUCGGGAUCACACGAUUUGGCCUGGCCAAGAUGAGAGACAGCGUGCUGCAGCUAGCCUCGUUCGAGAAGACACCCGACCACUUGUUUGAUGCGGCGGCCAACAUGAAGUCGGAUCCCAUCGAAGGUGUCAGCGAGUGUAUCAUUAUGGGGCAGACGAUGGCCAUUGGCACAGGAGCGUUCCAGGUUGUUCGCAGACUCGGCAUUCAAGACCGCCAAAUUACACCGAAGCCGACGCUUUUCGAGGAUGCUUGGAAAAAGGAUGAGGCAAUUAGGCGCAGGGAGAAGUUGGUGAAGCGAAGAAGCGGUGUUAAGGGUAGGGGAAUGGGAGGGAUGAUGCAAGGACAACAAACUGCGGUGUCGGCGUCGGCCUAG